AUGCUAAAAUCGUCCCAUCUGCUCGGCAACCCAUUUACAAUCCUCCUCCUCCUCCUCCUCCUCGGACUUCUCUUCUCCAGCCUCGACAACACCCAAGCCGAUGUGAACACUCGUACCGGCCCUCCUGCCAACCGAGGCCGCCGCGUUCGCAACAGUGACAUGGCAACUGUGGCUCGACAAGACCGAGACGAGUAUUGUCUACAAUUGUCCAACCAGAGAGCCGUUUGUCAUGUCGCCUGUUUACAGGCGGCUGUCAGUCAUCUCUACAACCAGUCCGACCUGAGGCAGCUGACGGUGUACGCGAGGCGGAAGAACUGCGGUAGUCAGGCGACGAUGACACCCGAUCUGAUGACGUCGAGAUGGCCAGACCUCGAGGUUUUCCAGUUCUUCGGUCAUGUCUGUCCGUUCACUCGACUUCCGGCCGACAACCAAUUGACCGACGUCAAUCGGACGACUGAAGGCACCUCGAGAAGAGGCCAUGCACUCACGCGUUUAGUGCUCAACUCAUACGUGAUACCAGAGGGCAAAUAUCACGGUCUUCUGGCCGGUUCCAUUCAUCUCGACCGACUGGAGCGACCAACACCAACGGUUCGGCAGCAGUUGUCAUGGCUACGCUCGUUGUCGGUGCGCGGAUUGUGCUGUUCACGCCUCUGGCCGCGUGUCAGCCUGCCUCAACUCACGUACCUGGCGCUCGACUGUCCUCAGCCCGGAAGACUGAGGCUUCGAGGCGACUGGGGCAAACAAGGCUCGGCCAAGUCGGGAAAAAGAAUACCGCAGAUACCAGCACGUGAAGAGGAGGCGGGAUACGACAGCGAAGAAAAUGAGGAGGAGGAAGAGGAGGGGGACGAAGAGGAAGAUGAGCUCAAGGUAAACAAGGGCAAAUUCGACAUUAGGCUGGCCGCAAUGAUACAGCACUACUGGAAACUUUGGAUAACCCCACGAUUGGAACGCGUGGACGCUCUGGACAUGGACGGCAGCAUAAGUCUGGUCAAUCUGCCAAGACUGCAGACGCUGUACGCGACGACGUAUCAGUUCAAGUUGAUGAACCAACUCGAUAGAGAGAGUCGUCGUCAAAGGCGACUGGUCAAUCUGCCCAGCUUGCAUGAGCUGAAACUGGAGGAAACGGACUUGGCACUGGGCCUCGACAUCAGCGAGACUCCACAGCUGACCGCCUCCGGUUGUGGAGUCAAUGCCACACGCAUCAACUACCUG